AUGUCUUAUUUUAUCAUUCUCUGCAUAUUUCUGGCAGUGAAAACAGCCUUCACUGCGGUACAAUACGGGACUACACCCGGUGGUUAUUCGUCUGCUCCGAAAGGUUGGAAUAGUUUUGCCAUGCAGAGUUUAGGUAUGAAAUUCGACCAGGGAAAUGUUAUGAGACAAUGCGAUCAAUUAGCUAAUGUGCUUGGUGGCUACGGCUACGAUCUAUGUUCAUUAGAUUCUGGUUGGUCAGUAGGUGCAGAGGGUGAUGAAUAUGGUCGAAUAAUUUAUGAUAGUUCGAUCUUCAAUAUCCCUCAACUUGCAGAUCAUCUUCACAGCAAAAACUUAAAAUUGGGCGUAUAUAUAGUGCCCGGUUAUUUUGCAAAUGAUGCAAAUAAGACUGUUUUCGGCACCAAUUACAGUCUCUCCGAGAUUGGCAAUGGACACAAUAAUGGACUGGCUAGAAUUGAUCUCAACUACAGUCAUCCUGGAGCCCAGAAAUGGUGCAACUCAGUCAUUGAUCAAUUUACACAAUGGGGUGUUGAUAUGGUCAAACUCGAUUAUGUCACUCCUGGAAGUCCUGAUAAUGGUGUUAAUCUUCUUAAGGAUAACAGUGGAAUUGUGGUAUGCUUUCAUAAUGCCAUUGCUCAACAGAAACGUCAAAUUCGACUUGAUAUAUCAUGGAAACUCUCGCGUGAUGAACCUUACUAUACUAUUUGGAGGACUAAUGCCGACACCAUACGCACAGAUCAAGAUCUGAACGGUGGUCCAGGUGUGCAGACUCAAUGGCCUACUGUGCAACGUGCUAUCGAACAGUAUCGUGAAUAUAUUUUACAAGUCAGUGAUGGACACUCGACUACACUGACCAUUUAUCCAGACAUGGAUAAUCUUUUUGUUGGCAAUAAUGCCAGUUUCAGCGGUCUCACUGAUAAUCAACGUCAAAUAGUUAUGAGUCACUGGAUUGGAGCAGGUGCAAAUCUCAUCAUCGGUUCUAAUCUGACCGAUUUAGAUACUUAUGGUCUCGCACUUUUGACUAACAAGCGAGCACAGGAAAUUGCCAACAAUUUCACAACCAAAUAUCCUAUGCUACCAACACAAGGCAACAAUAAUCCAUCACAUGGUCGACAAGGACAAGUGUGGAUUGCUGGACCAUCUGAUGACUCGAACACUGCUGUGAUCUUGGUUGCCAACUAUGGAAAUUCUGGCAACAAUAACUUAUUCGAUCCAAUUCCUACACAGAGUUGGUGGUCUUAUAAUUUCACGUUUAGUGACAUCGGACUUGAUGCACAUGCGACAUACAUUGUCGAGAAUAUUUGGGACUCGAGUGCUGAUUUUACAGUACAAGGAAAUGAAAUUGUCUCAGGAACGCUGCAAGAUGCAGAGGUGAAGUUCUGGAGUGCUACGAAGAAAAAUUAA